AUGAUGCCGACUGACACUGAUGCUACAAGUCAACCGAAUGAUCAAAGUAGCAACAAUGAAACUUUGGAAAAACUUCAUGAAGAAUUGGCAACAACAGAACAACAAGUAGGAUCUAUUAUUGAAUCAUUUAUCGAAUUAGGUGUAUCGAUAUAUGAUUUCCCUGGAACAGAUGAAGGAACUCAAGGAAUGAUAACAAAUUUGAAAAGAAAUGUUGACCGAUUAGCUAAAUUGAAUCAAAGAAGUAACGAUCCAACUUCUCAAUUAAAUAAUAUUAGUAUCCCAUUUGAAGUGUUUCAAUAUAUCGAAGAUGGUAGAAAUCCUGAUAUUUAUACAAGAGAAUUUGUUGAAGCCAUUAGAAGAUCUAAUCAAUAUCAAAGAGCCAAAAUGAAUAGUUUGAAACAGUUAAGGGAUUCUCUAGCGGAGAAGAUUACUGAAGAAUUUCCAGAUAUGGAAAAUAAUGUCAAAGAUAUACUGCAAAGAACAGACGCAAAACGAUAA